AUGAGAGCUGUUGUCCAACGCGUCGCAUCGGCUUCUGUAUCAGUUGACGGAAAAGUGAUUUCGAGCAUAUCCCGAGGACUGAUGGUCCUAGUUGGAAUCGGUACUGAUGACACGCUGGCAGAUGUCGAAACCUUGACGAACAAAAUGCAAGGACGAAUACACCUUCGGCCCUUACUUAACAUCCGCGUCUUCGAUGCGAAUGGUACGAUGUGGAAGUCGAGCGUUAAGGACAUCGCUGGCGAAGUUCUAUGCGUCUCCCAGUUCACGCUAAUGGCGAACACUACCAAGGGCAACAAACCUGAUUUUCACCGUGCGAUGUCCUCGAACGCCUCCAGCGAACUGUAUGCGACGUUUCUCGAGAAGAUGCGGCGUCUGUACGUGCCAGAUCGAAUACAAGAUGGGCAAUUCGGUGCUAUGAUGAAUGUCUCGUUGACAAACGAGGGACCUGUUACUCUGACGUUGGAUACUCGGAAGUUUGAGUAUGUUUCGGUUUCAGGAGGUACAGACAAGAAAACGAGUGAGAACGGCAACAAAGAGGCCAAGAACCAAACGGCUGACGUUGCUGGCUCGAGAUCUGUUGCCAGUGUCAAUCCAGGUCAAACUGACUCGGAGGUAGACGUUUCGUAG